UGAAUUGGUUGAGUAAAUGUCCGAAAGGUUGCGAUGAAUUGUUGCCAUGUAAACAAUAUGGCGUUGUAGUUUAAUAAUAAUGUCUCAUAGUACGUACAACAAACAAUGGCAGGAGGCCCAGUCCUCCCUCAUGGAUCUCCUUCAACAGGAGAUACCAGAGCAGCCACCAAAACCAGAAAAGGAUCGGUUGGCUGCAUUCCAGUUGCUGGCUACGAUGUAUAUAAAAUACAUCCAAAUCUUUAGGAAGCUGGAGCAGUGUUACGACCAGAUUGUUCACCCCCAGAAGAGGCGAGUAUUACGUCACGUCUUGGAUGGAACCAUGGGAAGAAUAUUAGAACUGAAGCAUGAAAUGGUCAACCUUGAGUUCUCAGAAUAUCACUAUUUUGAUGAUGUUUUGUCUGACUUGAAAUUGACUCCGAAUGAUGUAGAGAUCCCUAUUCCUAAAUUCUUUAUUAAUGAGAGAUAUGACGUCUUAAAAGAAAGAGAAAAAUUGUUGGGUAAAAUUCUGGCCAAGAUUGGGCCCCAAGAAAAAGAAGAUCAAAAAGAGGAGCUUAAAAUGUCCCUGGAAGAUGCCAUUAAGCUGAUUCAAGUCCACGAGCGAGCUCGCCAGGGAAGACUCAGGGCCAAAUUUAUGAAGGAGAUUCGAGAACAAGAGGAACGAGACAGGAAGGCUCAAACACAGGGUGCCCCUACACUCGACCCUGACGUAGCCGCUAGUCGAAUUCAGAAGGUGUGGAAAGGUUUUGCACAAAGGAGAAGAACCAAAAAAGAAAGGGAUGAAGAAAUGAUAUUUAUCGGCAUGGCACCCCCACCUUUACCCACAAGUAUAAAGAACACUCCCCAGGCCUUGGCUCUGAAAACUGAGGCCACACGAAGGAUCACCCAAUCUAACCAUGAAAAUGAAUACCAGCAAGCCCUGGGAACCAUCAAGGAGAAGAUCAAAGAAACAGAGGGUCCAGAUAUCAAAGAGACCAUGAUGGACCAGAUCAGACAGUGGUUCAUUGAGUGCAGAGAUGCCCAGGGGAAGUUUCCUGAAUAUCCAGAUGAGGAUGAUGGAGGAUCUGCUCUGAUCUUCAAAGAAAAAAGUCCAGAGGAGCUGGAGGCUGAACUGAAUGACAAGGAUGGUGACAAGAAAGGAAAGAAAGACAAAAAAGGAAAGAAGGACAAAAAGGACAAGAAAAAGGACAAAAAAGGAAAGAAAGAUAAAAAAGGAAAGAAAAAAGGAGGAGAUGAUGAGGAAGAGGAAGAGGGCUGGAAGAUGGCAGAGUCUAGCUUUGUUCCAUCUAUCAACGAGGGAACAGAAAAAUUCAAAUCUGUGUGGAUGACUCGGGAUGAAAAGGAUAACUUUUCUCAGAAACACGAUGCUGAACUCAUCAAGGAAGAAAAACGGAAAGAGGUGGAAGAAGAAAUCCGCAUACAGGUGGAUGAACUGAUGAGGGCCGAGCUGAAAAAUCUGAAAGCUGCUGUGGAUAGAGACAAGGGAAAGAAAGGAAAAGGAAAGAAAUCUGGGAAAAAGAAGAAGAAGAAGGGAAAGAAGAGUGGAAAGAAAGGAAAAAAGAAGAAGAAGGAAAAGGAUUUGACUCCAGACAGAGAUCCUAUCUUCAGUCACCAUCAUUUUUCAUACCUUCAAGAAUGUUCUGUAUAUACAUCUAAAUUAUUUGCUGUAACAUUUCGUUUUUUUCUCCCAGGGUCCCAAGCUGUUCAUGAACAGGCCCCACUAACAAAGUCUGUCCUCCUUGCUGGCCCGAGGGGUACAGGGAAGAAGAUGCUAGUCCAGGCUAUCUGUAACGAGGUCGGAGCCAACAUGUUUGACUUGACAGCUGCCAAUAUAGCGGGAAAAUAUCCUGGAAAAGAUGGCCUUAAAAUGCUCAUUCACCUUGUAUUCAAGGUGGGCAGAGAAUUACAACCCUCUGUUAUUUAUAUAGGAGACUGUGAAAGAAUGUUUAAAAAGAAAAUUCCCAAAACUGACCCAACUGAUCCAAAAAGACUUAAGAAAGAGCUGCCGAAGGCCAUGAAAGGUGUGAAGUCGGAUGAUCGUCUGCUGUUGGUGGGGACCUCUCGGUGUCCGUUUGACGGGGAGAUGAAGCCAUUAACUAGUCUUUACCAGAGAAUUAUCCUCAUUCCACGACCAGACUACGCCUCCAGACACUUACUGUGGAGGAGACUGAUCUUAAAGAACAAUGGCGUCAUCACCAACCUGCUGGAUGUGAGCUCCCUGUCCAAAGUCACGGACGGCUACACACCGGGUCACAUGCUAACGGCCAUCACCCAAGUCCUAACAGAGAGGAGGAUCCAAACCUUGUCCAAGAAACCUCUACAGUCCGUGGAAUUUAUCGCUCCUCUUGCUCGAAUUGACCCUAUUUACAAGGAGGAGGAAGAAGCAUUUAAGGGAUGGUAUGCCAAGACACCACUGGGCAAGAAGCGGGCCAAGGCUGCCCAGGCCGAUGAGGACGAUGGAGGGGGAGGAAAGGGGGGCAAAGGGGGCAAGGGCAAAAAGGGCAAGAAAAAGGGGGGCAAGAAAAAGAAGAAAUAAACAGUAAUUAAUGCAUGAUGGGAAAAUUACUAUCUGAGGACUGUGAUAUAUGUUUUGUGAUAUGAGACAUUUUGAAAUGGAAUAAAACGAUAAAAACGGAUUAAAUAUUUGUCCAUGGAUGGUGGAAUGGAGAAAUUUUUGAUAUAUUGAUAUCAAUUAUACAGGUGAUUUUAAAAAUAAAAAAAAUU